AUGAGUGGUUCCAGAUAUGGCCCAAAGCCAGAAAAAAAGGUGCUAUUUGGAAAUAUAUGUAACAUCCUUCCCUCAUUAAUAAUAUGGGAAACAUGGAAAGAACGCAAUCACAGAAUCUUCCAAGACAAAGAAAUGCCUCAAAUUGCAUUAUGUGGCAAAAUUGAGAAAAGCUUGAUAGAACUCAUGAACGAAGCUUCUAAGCAGAAAACUUUGAAACAGAAUAUUUUGACAAAAUGGGAUGUAAAACUAAUGACUUCCCUUCCAGACCUGAUAAUCUCGACCCUCUUUGGAAAUGGGAACCAACAAGCAGCUAGCAACCCGAGGCUAGAUGUUAAGUGGGAGCCUCCAGAGGAGGGGUGGAGCAAAAUAAACUUUGACGGAGCCUCCGCUGGAAAUCCUGGCCAAAGCAGUAUUGGAUGUAUUGUGAGAGAUGCCCAGGGAAUUUGUAUUAAAGAAAUAGUAGAGGAUAUUGGCCUAGCAAUGAACAAUGAAGUAAAAUUCAGAGCAGUGUUGCAUGGACUUCUACUAGGGGUGGAGUUAGGCAUUAAAAAAAUUCACCUGGAAGGCGAUUCCUUGAAUGUCAUUAAUGCUAUUCAUUGA